CGCUGCAGAUGCGGACAGUAACCAACCUCUCAGAAACAUGAACCCCGACUGGAGUGAACAAGACUGCCGCAGGAACGGGAACCAGGGACUAUUACAAGAUCCCACAGAGAGCCGUGCUACAUCUAAAUCUGAAGCACAGGAGGGGCCAAGGAUAGAAGCAGUUUACACGCUAGAGGAGUCCUUUCACCAGGAGUGGUGUGCGAGUCUAAAGCAGGGUACAGAGCUGGCGUGUGUUAAAGAUGAAGAGGUCCCUCGACUGGAAUGUGUUCCUGUUAAAGAGGAAUUCAUAGAACAGGAAUGUGUCCCCAUCGCAGAGGAAGAUCCUACUGAAAUUAAUGCCUGUGCACUUGAGGAGAACAACAAGCUGGGGUCCAGCCUGUGUGAUGAUCGUCCACCUGAACGUGAACUGGGAUUUAGAGCUGCUGAAGGGAAUCGUGCAGGAGGGACUCCAUUUCUCUGCACUGAGUGUGGGAAGAGUUUCAGUCGUUUAUCACAUCUUAAAAUCCACCACCGCGUUCACACAGGAGAGAAACCGUAUCACUGCUUUGAGUGUGGGAAGACAUUCAUUCGUGUAGCGCAGCUUAGAAUCCACCAGCGCGUUCACACAGGCGAUAAACCACAUCACUGCGCUGAGUGUGGGAGGAGCUUCACGCAGUUACAAAAUUUUAAAAUCCACCAGCGCGUGCACACAGGAGAGAAACCGUAUCACUGCGCUGAGUGUGGGAAGAGAUUCAGCCGUUUAUCACAGCUUAAAAUCCACCAGCGCGUGCACACAGGAGAUAAACCACAUCACUGCACUGAGUGUGGGAGGAGCUUCACGCAGUUACAGAAUCUUAAAAUCCACCAGCGCGUGCACACAGGAGAGAAACCUUAUCACUGCACUGAGUGUGGGAAGAGCUUCACGCGAUUAGAGAGUCUUCAGUCACACCAGCGCAUUCACACAGGAGAGAAACCGUAUCACUGCUCUGAGUGUGGGAAGAGUUUCAGUUGUUUAUCAAACCUGAAAAGACACCAAGUCCGCCAUGUGGGCUCCGGCCUCGCUGUGUUUCCAGGGCGGAGUGUCCCGUUCCGGAUCCGAAAUGGCGCCGGUUUCCUCUCCCUGAUUCUCGCUUCACGGUCUCAAGGAGCUUUGCAUUCCCGAAGCGGCUGCCGGAGCUGCGAGCUGAGAACGGAUCAGCCUCGCUCACAGGGAGUUUCUGAGAUGGAAGCAGCUCACAUCAGCCCAGAGCUUCCUAUUCGAUGGGUUGUUUCUGCAGACAGGACUGUUGAGAUCAAGGAGGAAGUGACUGAGCUGGGGUGCGACCAGGCCAAUGAGCGGAUCCUGCAGGAGGAAACGCCACCUUCUAGCAUCGCUGAGAGAGGUACUGGUGUGAAAUCGGUCCGUCUUGGUAGAAGACGAGCGUCAGAAAUGGCAUCUUCUCACAUUACAGAGGAGAGCCCAGAACUGGAACCUGUUCCCAUUAACAAAGAAGCCACAGCGCUGGAGCCUGUCCCCAUUAAAGAGGACAGUCCUGUACUAGAAUUGGCCCAUAUUAACCCCUUGCAGUCCUGUGUCGGACCUGGUCCGACAUCGCAAAAAUCGCUUUCCGGUCCGUUGUCUGACUCUACCCAGCACUGCGGAAAACCAUCCUGUGACCCGGCCUGCGAUGCGUUUAAACCGAAAAAAGCCAAGGGGAGUAGUUCCCUGAGCGUCUCUGAUGGGAAAGAAGGUGUAAACAACCAAUUAGACCACCUGCAAGCUGAGCAGAGCCGAACUGAACAGACAGAGACUGAGCUGCGCAGAGAAGAAACGGCACAGAGCAGGCAGAAAAAGGCAAGGCAGCUUGAAGGACUUCCACAGGCGAUGGACAAGGCAGAAAGCACAGAUGAAAGCAGUUUGGAGGAUGAUGAUGAUGAUGAUGAUGAUGAUUUUAAUCAACCUAGUUCCGAGGCAGUCCAUUUUUUACUUGCUGAGGACUCCGAGGAAUCAGAGGAAAGCGACCACGAACCAGACGCGCAGCUGGAGGGCGAAUGGAAACGCGCAUCGGUCAGUGCAGACGCUUUCACAAAAUUCCCGUUUACUGUGAUAAAUAAGGGAUAUCAAGGCAGGACUGGUUUGAAAACUGAACUGGAGUUUUUCCAACUUUUCUUCACUGACGCUUUGUUGACCGAAAUCGUAAACGAAACCAACAGGCACGCGCGUGCAAAACUCGGAGGGCCGCUGCGUCUCAAUUCGAUUUGGAACUCCUGGAAGCCCGUUACCUUACCAGAGAUGAAGGCGUUUGUUGGCGUCCUGCUCAACAUGGGGCUGAAUGUCAAAACGGACAUAAAAGAGUAUUUCUCGGAGGAGUGGGCCGACAGAAUGCCGUUUUUCAAAGACGUCUUCAAGAGAUCGCGUUUCUUGCAGAUCUUCUGGAUGCUGCACCUCUGCCCUCCCCCCCCCAGCCAGACAGCAAACGGACACGGCUUCCAUUUGUUUACAGACAGGUUUUACACAAGUUAUGACCUGGCCGUGGAGCUGCUAAAAAUAAAAAUCCACCUUACUGGAACCGUAAAGGCCAACAGAAGGGGGUUGCCAGCAGCGGUGAAGCAAGGGCUCACACUGGAAAAGAACGAGCUGGUCUCGUUCAGCAAAGACAGCAAGGUCAUGGUGCUAGGGUGGAAGGGCAAAAGGCUAGUGCUCAUGCUGAGCACCUUCCACGGCAGCGACUGUGAGAAGGUGCCACACCCCAUCAAGAGAGGAGCCAUUGAAGAGCUGGACAAGCCUUCGGUCAUCCGCGAUUACACCAGCAAGACGGGUGCCGUGGACCGGGCGGAUCACUGCUGCGCCAGCUAUGCUUUCACAAGAAAGUCUCUGCAGUGGUGGAGGAAGAUGUUCUUUUGGCUGCUGGAAGUCGCGAUUGCGAACAGCGCCGUCCUGUUCAAUUUGACGAAGGUGGCAUCGGGGCAGCUGCCUGUUCGCCGUAAAGCCUUCAGGAAAGCCUUGCUGGUGCAACUGGUGGGAGGCGUGCGAGACUCAAGAAGGCGCGGUCGUCCGUCCUCCACAGACAGAGAGGAAAGGCUGAGCGGGAAGCCGCAUUUCAUCGCCAAAAACGAGUCCAAGAGCACCAAAGACUGCGCAGUGUGCAGCGACAGAAAGAGAAAAGGGGGCAGGAGGGAGACGCACUGGGGUAGAGAGAUUUUUACAUUCAUGCAAGGUGCCUGUUUACCUGGGAAGGAACCAGACUGCCAGAGCCGUGCUGCUGAUCUCCUGCUGACAAUCCCUGAAAAGACACAACUGGAUUAUCUGUGUGAAAGAGAAGAUUCAGUGAUGGAGUCUGUCCAUAUUAAAGAGGAGAGUCCUGUACUAGAAUCAGUCCAUAUUGAAGAGGAGAGUCCUGAACUAGAAUCAGUCCAUAUUGAAGAGGAGAGUCCUGAACUAGAAUCAGCCCAUAUUAAACAGGAGAGUCCUGUACUAGAAUCAGUCCAUAUUGAAGAGGAGAGUCCUGAACUAGACCCUGUCCAUGUUGAAGAGGAGGGGAACCAUUUUAAAACAAGCAGCUUGCAGGGCGCUCUGUCCUGUACAGAAUGUGGAAAGAGUUUCAGUCAGUUACAAAACCUGAAACUUCACCAGCGAAUUCACACUGGAGAGAAACGGCAUGUCUGUGCCGACUGUGGGACGAGCUUCAGCCAGUCGGGCAACUUGAAAAGACACCAGAGAAUUCACACUGGAGAGAAACCAAAUGUCUGUGCUGACUUUGGGAAGAGUUUCAGUCAGUCGGGCACUUUGAAAAUACACGAGCAAAUCCACACUGCCGUGAAACUACACAUCUGUGCUGACUGUGGGAAGAGUUUCAGUCAGUUACAAAACCUGAAACUUCACCAGCGAAUUCACACUGGAGAGAAGCCAUAUGUCUGUGCUGACUGUGGGAAGAGUUUCAGUCAGUCUGGCACUUUGAAAAUACACGAGCAAAUCCACACUGGAGAGAAACCGUAUCCAUGUAGCAAAUGUGGGAAAAGUUUCAGUCGGUUCACACGCCUUAAAAAACACCAGUUAAUUCACACAGGAGAGAAGCCACAUCAUUGUAAGGACUGUGGGACGACUUUCAGUGACCCAGGCAACUUGAAAAGACACCAGCAAAUCCACACUGGAGAGAAACCGUAUGUCUGUGCUGACUGUGGGAAGAGUUUUAGUGAUCCUGGUAACUUGAAAAAACACCACAGAAUUCACACCGGAGAGAAGCGACAUCUCUGAUUUCACUGUGGGAAGAGUUUCAGGUGGAAAUACGGCUUGAAAAUGCACCAGCGAUUCCACACAGGAGAGAAACCUUAUCACUACAAUCACUGCGGGAAGAGUUUUACUGCUUCCGGUUCUCUUAAAGACACAAGUCCAAGUCGUGAAAGUUUAGUCAGAAUGAAAUUUGUUCAGAAGACAAAACUGGAUUGUCCUUCUGAAAGAGAAGAUUCAACGAUGGAGCCUCUAGACUCAGUCCAUAUUAAACAGGAGAGUCCUGUACUAGACUCAGUCCAUAUUAAAGAGGAGAGUCCUGUACCAGAACCAGUCCAUAUUGAAAGGGUUUUUCUCAAUUCUAAACCCUUAAGCAGCUUGCAGGGCUCUCUCCCCUGUCCUGGGUGUGGGAAAGGUUUUAAUCCUGAAGGAAACCCUGCCGGCACUAUAUCCUGCACAGGGUGUGGGAUAAGUUUCUGUCAGUUACAAAACAUAAAACUUUACCAGCUUAUCCCCACUGGAGAGAAGCGAUUCUUCUGCACUGACUGUAGGAAGAGUUUCAGCCGGAUAGACAACCUGAAACUUCACCAGCGGAUUCACACUGGAGAGAAACGGCACGUCUGCGCUGACUGUGGGAAGAGCUUCAGACAGUCAAGCGACUUGAAAGCCCACCAGAGAAUCCACACUGGAGAGAAACCGUACGUCUGCGCUGACUGUGGGAAGAGCUUCAGAAACUUACGAAACCUGAAACUUCACCAGCUAGUUCACACGGGAGAGAAACGACAUCACUGUAACGACUGUGGGAAGAGCUUCAGUCGGAUAGAAAAAUUGAAAAUACACAAGCGGAUUCACACUGGAGAGAAACCGCAUGUCUGCGCUGACUGUGGGAAGAGUUUCAGUCAGUCUGGCACUUUGAAAAGACACCGGCAAAUUCACACAGGAGAGAAGCCGCAUCACUGUUCCUGCUGUGGGAAGAGUUUCAGUCGGAUAAGCAUCUUGAAACUGCACCAGCAAAUUCACACUGGAGAGAAACAGUAUGUCUGCGCCGACUGUGGCAAGAGAGUCAGACAUUUACAUAACCUGAAACUUCACCAGAGAACCCACACUGGAGAGAAACCUUACCAGUGCACUCGCUGUGGGAGGAGUUUUACUGCUUCAGCUUCUCUUAAAAAACACAAAUGCAAGUUGUGAAGUUUAAUCAGAAUGUGAGUGUGUGUUCGUUCACCCGCACUCAGAAAUCCCAAUCUCCUUAAACAGCAGCGUAAUAUAGAAACUGAGAGAACUCUGAGUGUCUACAGAUGAUACAGAUCUCUCAAUAUUAAACACACUGUUGUGAAGCCGUUACAUUAUAAAGUACUUUCCUAUGUUUUAUAUCAUUAAUAUCAUUGACUGCCCCUUUAAACUAGUUUUCUGUGUAACUCUUCCUAACAUAAUAAACUGCAUUGGAUUGAAAAUAACAAGCUGUUUUAAUCAGUAAGAAGGGUUUCUAUCAGUGUGAUCAGUAAGCUGUGUGUUAAUCGUGUUCAACUUCAAGAUUGAGAGAAAUAAUCGCAGUAACCCUGUCUUUGUGACACUGAACUCAUUUCAUGAAGUGUGUGAAGAGACUAGAAGACUCUGCCCGUGUAUUUUGUGAGGGACACCGAUUACAAAGCACUGCCUUGUUUUAUUAUUACGGUUCACUUCUAUUGUAACGUUAAGCUUGAGUUUUUAAAUGUCGGAUUUCACUUCCAGUGACACACAAACCCAGAAUCUGAAAGAGGAGGCGUCUCUGCAGUAAAUAUCAGUGCAUCACAUCUGUAUCAAAGAACAGGAAAGCAUCUAAACACUAGCGUUCAGUGUGGAAUGGGAUGUGGGUGUUUGGAACUAGUAAAUGGUAAAUGUUGUUAAGAUUUGAAGCAUGGUCUGGUCUCAUCCUUACAGAGGAACAAAGCAGUUAAUUCCAUGUUGAUCUGAAUCCACAAACCUGACAGGCUGGAGUGUUAACCUGCAGUGUAAAGAGACAGGGCAGUACACCUGCCAUCCACACAGCAUGCAAACACACACAAUACAGCACUGUGCAAAAGAGCUGGCCAAAACAUUAGGAACACCUGCCAUACA